CCCCGCUUCCUCCCCUCCGAGGCGGCGGCGGCGGCGGCGGCGCUUGGGGAUCGUCCUUCGCCCGGCUGCUUUGCGCGAUGUGAACGUGCGGAUCGCAGAAGCGGCGGGCGGAGCGCGAUGGAGCGCACCAAGCUGUUCGUGGCGCUGGAUGUGCUGUGCCUGGUGGUCGCCUCCCUUCCUUUCGCCAUCCUGACCUUGGUGAACUCUCCCUACAAACGGGGUUUCUACUGUGAGGACACUUCCAUAAGUUAUCCGUACAAGCCGGACACCAUUACACAUGGGGUGAUGGCUGGAGUGACCAUUCCCUGCACCGUUUUCAUAAUUUCAGUCGGCGAGGCUUACCUGGUCUACACCAAACGCUUGCACUCGCGUUCCCAGUUUAACAAUUACCUGGCUGCCCUCUACAAAGUUAUAGGGACGUUCCUGUUUGGCAGCGCUGUCAGCCAAUCGCUGACUGACUUGGCCAAGUACAUGAUUGGGCGUCUGAGGCCGAAUUUCCUGGCGGUCUGUGAGCCAGACUGGACGAAAGUGAAUUGCUCGGUUUACAUCCAGGUGGAGGACGUGUGCCAGGGCAAUGCCAGAAACAUCACAGAAUCCAGAUUGUCAUUCUAUUCCGGACACUCUUCCUUUGGGAUGUACUGCAUGAUGUUUUUAGCGCUUUACGUCCAGGCCCGCCUGGUUGGCCGAUGGGCUCGGCUGCUGCGCCCGACUAUCCAGUUCUUUCUCCUCUGCUUCGCCAUCUACGUGGGCUACAGCCGGGUGUCAGACUACAAGCACCAUUGGAGCGACGUGCUGGUUGGCCUCCUACAGGGGGCGCUCAUUGCUAUCCUUACGGUCCGCUACAUCUCCGACUUCUUCAAGGAGAGGCCCCAGGCACCGUGUGUGGAAAAGGAUCUCGGACGUAAACCCAGCAUCCCCCUGCCUCUGAGCGAGUCGGAGUGUAAUCACUGCAACUAUCGGGUUCCUGUGUGAACGGGGUGACUUCGAAUUGGUUUGAUUUCAGCAGCGAACACCACGUAUCUGCCUAUUAUCCGAUAUCUCUGCCUCUCUGAUACAUUUCUACUUUCCCUUUGGACUUGUCCAACGAAGAGGCAAAACCAGGACAUUUUUUUUCUUCUUUUUUCGUUCGUUUU